AUGAAGUUUUCGAUAGUUGAUGUAAGGAAGAUACCAUUCACCAGGGCUAAACAAGAACUCAUCGAAAUGAACAAAACACCUUACCAAAUGUUUUACGAGGAGUUUUAUGAAAAGUUUGUAUCCGGAUGGAAUUGUACAGAGUGCUACAGAAGAUAUAAAGAAUUUGCGAAGGAGAAUGAAUUCUUUGCAUGUAGUUCAAAUGUAUUUGGCGGCAAGAUGAGAGAAUUUGUGAAGAGAAGUAGAAAGCGAGACGGUUCUGCAAGAAGUUAUAUUUACGAAGCAAGUAUGAUAUUAGAAGGUCGUGGAAAGAAAGAAACAGUGAAUUAUGAGGAAGUGUUUGAAAAAUUCAUGGAGUACAUGGGAAGCAAUAUAACAUACAACAAAGACAUAUACAGUGAGUUUAAGUACUACUGUGAACAGCAUGAGAUUGAAGUAAUGAGUAAAGGAGACUUUGAAACGCUUAUGAAAGACAGUGAGGAGGUCAUACAUGAGAACAGUGUUGAAAUAGUUCAUGAGAACAGUGAGGAGGUCGUUCAUGAGAACAGUGAUGAAAUAGUUCACGAUGUCGUUCGUGAAGAAGCCAUUGCAACAAAGAAUGAGAUAAAGGAUUUCAUAGAACUUAACAAGGAGGAGUUUAAAGAAGGCUAUGAAGUGAAAAGAUGUGAAGAAGAUUUCUUGGCGUAUUUGAAGAAAAAGAGACUAAAGCCAAUGGCUCAAAAUAAGUUUCAAUCGAUGUUUGAAAAGAAACGUUUGAGCUAUGGUGGUGUAAGAAGCACAUAUUACUUUGUUAAGAAGUGA